AUGGACUCGGCGGCGCCGAAGCCGGACACGGCGCCACCCCGCAGGCACCCGCAGCGGGCGGACCAGACCCGGCUGCGCAGGCACCCGGCGCUGGGUACACAGGCGCGGUACCGUCCGGAGGAGACGACUCUGUUUCCCAACUGGGGCAGCGCAGACAAGAUGGUCUAUCAAAUCCCCGGUGUUUCAGCUGAAAUGAUGGGUCUCAUCAUCAAUUACGCCUACACUGGGACAGUACUGAUCACGGAGGACAACGUUGAGAGUUUGUUGGCUGCAGCAGACCAGUUCAACGUCAUGGGCAUCGUCAAUCUGUGCUGCGAGUUCCUCAGUUCCAGGCUGUGCUUUGAGAACUGCAUUGGCAUCUGGAGAUUCACUGACUAUUACCACUGCCCUGACCUGCGCGCAGCCGCUGGUGUGUACAUCCUGCACCACUUCGAGGAGGUGUCCCAGGUGUCCCAGGAGUUCCUAGACCUCUCUGCUGAGGAGCUGGCACACAUCAUCGAGAAGGACGAGCUCAACGUGAAGCGAGAAGAAACCGUGUUCGAGGCUGUGCUGAGGUGGAUUGCUCACGACCCGCAGAAUAGGAGGCAGUACAUCGCCUGCUUGCUGGGCAAGGUUCGACCGGCACUCCUACAGUGCUACUUCAUGAACAACGUCAAAGCUCACGAGUACGUGAAGGACAAUGUUCUAAAACAGAAACAAUUGCUACAGGCCAAAAGAAUCAUUAGGAUUUAA